AUGAAGUAUCUCCUGUUUUUGUGUCUGGGAAUCAGCCAGACCUAUUGCCUUCCCACCUCGGACGGUUCUACGGCGACAGAACCUCUGUUUGUCAAAAUGCAAGGUCCAGAUGGCCUCGAUAUUUUCGAGCCGUACCAACGUGAUAACCUUACCCAAUGGAAGCCUGAUAGCACUUUCUAUGAAGGUGUCCCAAUGGUCGAGAAGCAGACUGUGAUCAAUGGGGAAACACUCAUUUACCAAGACUUCAACAUCUCUGCUCUUACCUUGGAGCAGUUUAAGAAGUACAUCAUGUCUACCCCCGACUUCUUCGAUAGCCAUGGCAGCAUUAUCUUCUCCGAUGAAGAUGCACAGGCAUACAGGGAGUUUAUGAUUGCUGCAGAGAACCAUGGGGACACUGGCGUUGCUAUGCCCCUCAAUCUCACCAAAAGAGAUUCUCUCCCUGCAACAGACUGUUCCGACUCCAACAUGUUCUGCAGAGACAAAUGCCUCAAAUUAGUCCAGCGAGGUGUGGUGCAAUCCACAAAUGAUGACGUGUAUGGAGAUUACCACUACGAUUCAGACAGUUUCUGUGGUACUGGGAGUAUCACCAAGACCGUCUCAGUCACUGAUGUUUCAGGGGUCACUAUCGGUGGUACUGGUCAGAUCCCAGGAUUUGGCAAGGGUUGGACAAAGCUGGUGUCGACGUUCUUUAAUACCUUUGGGUUUAAUAUCGGAAAUACUCCAGAUUCUGUCACAACUGCUAUUGGUUACACAGGUAACUGUGGUUCGGGCAAUGUCUGCUUCCUCUGGCACAGGCCCCACUUUACAGUGAAUAAGGGAGUUAUAAUUAAUCAGACUGAGUAUAUCGAUGCGUUUACGCAGAAAACCUGUCAGAAUCCAGACACAACCCCUUAUGAGGCCCAUAUAAUGCAUGAAGAGUCUGACGGUGGUGGCGCGGGUAAGUUAUUAUCUCCUCGUUCUGUUACAAAGCUCAAAUGA